CCAACAUCAGGAGCAGUGUCAGCGCAACAAUUUUCCAAAAUGUUCAAUUAUUUCUCCAGCUCGGAUUAUAACUCUGGAGCCUCGGCCUGUAAUGGGGAGCAGCUGCAUUAACUAGUGGAGAGGCUUCCAUUAACUGUUUUUCUUGGCUGCUGGCCAGGUCACUGAGCAGCGCACACAUUGUGGGCUUAUCCACCGGCAAACGGCUGGAAGAAGGACAGUUCAAUAUCCUAAACUGCCACUUUUUUUCCUGUUCUGACAAAGAUAUUGGAGAAUGUGAACAGGUGACCUCAAAGCCUGGAGGGGGUCAAAGAGGAGAGGACAGGGUAAGGACAGAAAGAAUUCAAUUUCAGCCCAAAAUUCAGCUGUACUGUGUUGACCUCGACUAUCAGCAGCACUAUUAUUACUACUAUUACUACUAUUAUUACUACUAUUAUUAUUACUAUUACUACUAUUAUCAUUACUAUUACUCCACAGUUUGGUAGAUGUUUCCUUGUUGAGUUUUCUGAUUGAUUAAUUAAUCAAUGAAAGGACAAAGAGACACCUGAUAAACUGUUGUGGCAUGGCUGCAGGAGUAUUAAGUGGCUUGGACUAUGAUCUUUGCAGCCGAUGGGGCUCCCAGUGGUUUAAACCACAAAACAACAGCUCCAAACAACAGCAGCUCCCUGGCUGAGGGUUAACUUGUCACAAAGACUACGCCAUCAAAUGACUCUGUCCUGACUCACACAGAAGUCAGGGGGUGAAGGGCAUAGCAUGGGCAGCUCCUCCAGCAAGGGAGAGGGAGAAGAAGAGGAGGAGAAGGAGAAGGAGGAGAAAGAUGAUGAGGAGGCAGAAUUUGCAGAGAAGAAGAAAGAAGAGGAAGAGGUUGAGGAUGAGCUUCCGUUGGGGGUGGAGGAAUUACUGGAGAGUGGAGAUCCUGUCUUGGACUUGAGCUAUCGUAAAUUUAAGCGGUUACCCUCCCGUGUUUAUGGUCUGAUGCAUUUGGAGAAGCUGUACGUCUGUGGAAACAGCCUGCGCACUUUGCCAGACAGCCUCUCCCAGCUGCAUGGUCUGCGGACCCUCGCCCUCGACUUCAACAAGAUGGAGGACGUUCCUCCAGCCGUCUGUCAGCUCACUAACCUCACUCGCCUGUACCUGGGCAGCAAUCGGCUGAUGAACCUCCCUCCUGAGGUGAGUAACCUGCAGAACCUGCGAUGCCUGUGGGUGGAGAGCAACUACUUCCAAAGAUUUCCACGAGAGCUCUAUGACCUGCCCUACCUGAAGUCUCUUCAGAUAGGAGACAACCGGCUGAAGACACUGCCUCCAGACCUGUGGCGCAUGGAGGCUUUGAGGGGAUUAUGGCUCUAUGGGAACCGCUUUGAGACCUUCCCCAAAGUCCUGCUGCGGAUGCAGGGUUUGGAGAUACUAGACCUGGACCGUAAUAAGAUAUCAGAGUUUCCCAGCCUGAAGCGUCUCAAAGCCUUGCGCCUGUUCUCUUAUGACCAUAACCCAGUGGAUGCGCCUCCUAAGGUGGGCGAGGAAGUGUUGGUGGUUGGGGAAGGCGCUGCAGAGUUCUUGGAGCAACGUGAAGCCAGGAAUGAGAGACGGCGAAAAGCAGCAGAGCAGGAGGCCGAGGAGCUGGCUAUGGCAGGAGAGGAGCCAGUGAUUCAUGGCAUCUUAAAGAACAGCAACUCAAGCAAAGCAGCAAAUGAAGCUGCAGUAACUAUAGAGGAUGCAGAACUGAAGGAGGAAAACCAGCUUCCAAAAGAAGAGGAGGAGGUGGUUGUGGAGGUGGAUGCGGAUGCUCCUCUAAUGGAGUAUGAUGGUGCUGAGCUUGAAUAUGAUGAGGAGGGUGUUGAAUAUGAAACAGAGGAGAUGAUAUGUGAGGGAGAGGUAUUUGAGUAUGAGGGAGAGGAGCUGGAGUAUGAGAGGGCUCAGUUGGAUUAUGAGUACGAGGAUGGGGAGACAGCAUGAAGGUGGCAUGACAAUUAGCCUCAUACCUCCACAUGAUCGGCAGGCAGGUGGAGGCAGAUGAGAGAUAAUCUACAGAUAAAUUAGCUAGUCAAAAAAAAUCUGUGCUGCUUAUUUAUAAUUUUUUGUGAACUGUGAAAAUGGAUGAGCCGGGCAUUAUGAUAUUAUGGACUGACAGUAUCUGUGACAUCUCAAUAACCUGCAAAUUAGCAAAUAAGCAAGACUCAGGUGGAGUGUGUGUCUGUGUGUGUGCAGUGUGUAUGGCUGAUUUAACAAGAGAGUUGUUUUCUGUUUGUGCACAGGAGACCACGUCUUCCAUUAUUAAAUACUAACUCAGCUGA